AUGGAUGAUGAAAUCGCUAAUCUACGUCAACAACUUCGGGAAGAGCAACAUCGACGUGAAGAAGCCGAAGGUCGUGUACUGGAAGAACAACGCCGACGCGAGAAAGAACAACGCCGACGCGAGGACGAACAACGCCGACGUAAGAAGGCUGAAGAACUUGCGAAGGCAUCACAACCACAGACACUUCAGGAUUAUCUCGAGUCUUGCCACUCGCUCAGUCUCGCCAUUCGGGUAGUUACUGAUCGCACCUUGACUACACAAGGCGACACGACCAACCCGACCGGCCGCAUUUUCCCUCGACGAAUCAUUCCGUGGGAUGACUUCGCGACAGGACAAGAGGAAAUUUGGGACCAGCUCUCGAUCUGGCGCUCAUUCACUUCUGUGGCCGUGUUUCCAUCCCCACAUCAGUUGGAAUAUGUCAUGUCUCUGAUUAGCCCGAUCAGCAGUGAGACUGGACUCCGGAACUUCCAGCGGGAUACGGUCGAGAACGCAGUUCAAAAGCUGAUUGAUGAGGUAUACAACAACGAGCAACUCCGAAGUAAAUUCGGCUUACAGGGGACCGUGACGUUCGAGAGCCAUACGAACCUCGGCCAGACUGAUGACACCGUAUCCGAAGCUAUGGAACAUAUGUCUAUCGAGAGAGAACAUACAACCGCCGCAACGUCAGCCUCGAUGUCACCGAGCCGCAAGCCCCGGCGCAGGGCGAGAGGGAAAGGCAACCGGGCGGACCAGUUUUGCAUUUACCGCACCUCCGAUGGCCGAAACUUUCCUGCCGUGGCGAUCGAGUACAAGGCACCGCAUAAGCUGAGGUGCGACGAGGUCGUUACGGGUCUGGAGUCCGAGAUCCGGCCGGAACGCGAUAUAAUCAACAAGGACGGUGAGGGGUUUACGUUCGCAUCGAGGUCGCUCGCUGCCGCUGUUGUCACUCAGCUCUUCUCGUACAUGAUCGGCAAAGGCAUCCAGUAUGGAUAUGUGUGCACAGGUGAGGCGUUCGUCUUCCUCCACAUUCCGGAUGACCCUACCACCGUAUAUUAUUCUGUACACGUACCCAACCUGGACGUUCGGGACGAGGAUGAGAACAGGCUCCAUGGCACAGCUGUUGCACAGGUCUUCGCCUUCAUCCUUCGGGCCCUCCGCGCGGAACUGCCUCCUUCGUCCUGGCACGACGCCGCCGCGGCUCUAGGUACCUGGGCAGUGGAAUACGACGACGUGCUAAGGAAUAUCCCCGAAACGGUGCGCAAGGGCAAGGAACCGCGCGCCUCUCCCUACAAACCUCAACGCUGGCGAGGGUUCAAGCGCUCGCCGAUUCGGACACGCUCUCAGUGCAAGCAACCCGACAGCAACACAAAGCAUCGAGACGAUAGCGGUGACGAUGAAGGAGAGACCCCUCCUUCCCCCACUCCAACGCGAUCGAUCCAUACCGACGAAAAGGCUGUCACUAAGUCAACGAGGGCGGGUUCGGACAGAAAACAAGCGCAACAUGGCAAAGGAGGUCAGCAGCAAAGCCAACCGAAACAGCAGAAUAUACAGGAUCGUCCGUUUUGCACCCCGCAAUGCCUCCUAGGAUUGGCGAACGGUUGGCCAAUGGAUAAACACUGCCGGAAUUUCCGGGACCAUGGACAUCAGCAUCUCAAUCGACUGGAGUUCCUCCGACUCAUCCGUAUCCAGCUCGCUGAAGACCGCGGCCGUGAUGCUGAUGCCGCACCGCUUUACCUGUCCGGCUCGAUCGGUUCACUCUUCAAGGUGCGGCUAUCCUCCUACGGGUACACGCUUGUGGCCAAAGGCGUUGAGAGUCUCGAUCUGGCCCGGCUGCAGCAUGAGAACGAAGUGUAUGAUCGACUCCGCUCGAUCCAAGGAAAACAUGUUCCCGUAUGCCUGGGAAGUGUAGAUCUGGUCCUACCAUUCUACUAUGAUAGUGGCAUAUACAAGCACUUCUUGUUCCUCAGCUGGGCCGGCCGGCCUCUGUUCGACUCCGCCAAUCAAGCUAUUAGGACAGACGUCGUUGACGUGGUUGCCAAGGCUUACAAGGAAUUGCACAAGUUGGGCAUCCUUCACGGCGAUGCGGAACCGCGCAACGUAUUACGCGACACAGUGAGUGGUAAUAUUAUGGUAGUGGAUUUCGAACGGGCAGAGGUCCGCUGUCGCCCACCUCUCGGCUUGCUUAGCUCAAACGGUCAAAACCAGAAGAGAAAGAGGGGGACGUUAGAGAAGCGAGGGAAAGGCGAUUUCACCAAAGAACUAGAAUCCGUUGUAGAACAUGUUUCAAGGUCUAUAACAACCACACGACCAGACGCUGCUAUCUAUGAGGCCAAGAUGGUGCGACAUAUGUAA